UUUCAUUUCCAUUUGUUGCUGCUGGUUUUUAGAAGUCAAUCGAGAAUUGUCGACGCUACCAGGCGGAACAUCAACAGUGCUGCAGCUCACAAAGGUGAAAAAGGAAGUGUUUUGUGCUAAUAAAGUUGAACUCGUUAAACUCCGUGCUUAGCUACCGAAGACAGCCGUGAAAAUGCACCGCAGCGAAAGUUUGAACAAAUUGAUGAAAGUCUUCAUUUUGGCAUUUCUGUGCAAUGAAAUGCAUUCGAGCCUCACGCAGUCCAGUGCCGCCGAACACCCCUUCAACGCCUACCCCAGCAGCAUAAACGGCAGCGAGGCAACGUUGGAGCAUGCGCAGUAUCAGGCCUCCAUCCGUUUGGCUAUCGACGAUUACAUGUUCGGUGAGGGGCACAUUUGCGGCGGCGCAGUGAUAGCACCGUCUGUGGUGUUGACCGUCGCGCAUUGUGUACACAACUACCAGACGCAGACGUCGCGUCACCCGGCUGAAUUGAAAGUGGUCAUGGGCUCUUUGAAUCGUUAUCAACGCGACGAACACACGCUGGUCUACGGCGUGACCCACGUACAUAGGCCGCGCUCGUUCAACGCACACACCUUGCGCGAUAACAUAGCGAUCAUAAUGCUGGAACGUGACAUUCCAUCCGCACACCCCACCGUCAAACCGAUUACGUUGAGUUUGAACGCCCUAGGCGAGGCGAAGACGCACGAAAUGCUUGCCGACUACGCAGCGAAACAGCAUAAGUACCUGGUGACCAGCUGGCUGGUCACGAAGGAGCACAUACCCUACACCCAGCUCAUGACAUUGAAUGCCACUCAGCUGAGCGAUCAGCAAUGUGUGGAUAAAUAUGGUCAAAUCUAUGGACCAGAUAUGGUUUGUGUCGGCUAUAUGGGAGCAGAGCACCGGGCAACUGCAUGCCACCAAGACGCCGGCGCGCCGCUGGUGGAAAAUAAUCAGCUGCUGGCACUCACUGCCAAACAAAGUGUCGACUGUGUGAAAUGCUCAGAACCAGCGCUUUUCGUCGAUGUCAGUCAUCAUGCCAACUGGAUACUGGAGAAAAUCGGCGAUGGCACGAAUCGCAAUAGUUCCAUUUGGGGUACGCUGUUCUUCUUGAUAUUCACAAUUUGGACAGCGCGACGCACUAAAUACUUCAAGUUGUGGCUUUAAGCCGCACUGUAUAUUUAACUGUAUUUCUCUUUGAAUACCAUUAAUUUAAGAUGAAAUGAAUUAAGGCUGAACUUUUUCAAGAAAUAUUUUAUAUAAAUGUAUAUUUUGUUGUAUAUAAAAUGCAUUCCAUAAAUGUAGUUGAAUUGGAGAAGUGUAUAUAUAGUGGGCACGAACCUAAGUAACCUCAAAAUAUGUAGCGCUAAGAUUAUAUAAUAAAGCUGAAUUUAUUAGUUAGCAAAUAUUAUAUUUGUUGAAUUUGUGAUAAUUUUAGUAAUGAAUUAUUAUGAUUUUUUUGUAAAUAUGUAUAGCAAAUAAUUAUAAUGGAAUUAAUGAAUUUGUCGCUAAAAUAAAUGUGAAUUCUAAUUGAAAAAAAA